AUGAACGCCCAUCAAAUUCUGGAUAAUGGGACGGACGAUGAUGAGGAUGAUGCGGAUCAGACCGAACCAAUAGGUGCCUUCAAUGCACUUGUUUGUUCCAUUUCCAAUGCUGUAGAGGGCACCAGUGCCGGCCUAUGCAAAAAGAAAGACCCAAGCUCAACUGCCAAGAAGGGAAAGACAAAGGCAGGCAACGGGCCUCCUCCCAGAAGGGAGAAGACCCUGAUGUUUAUCGACUUGAGAGUAAAUGGCAAACCUAUUAAGGCCAUGAUAGACACAGGUGCUACGCAUAACUAUCUGGCCACCACAGAAGUAGAACGCCUUGGCCUAGUUGUUGGGAAGGGUAAGGGUCGUGUCAAAGCUAUCAACUCACCACCCCAAUUGGUGGGUGGAAUAGCCAAAAGAGUACCGGUAAAGAUGGGUCCUUAUGAAGGCAAGUUCGACUUGCGGGUAGUGAUCAUUGACGACUUCGAAUUGAUAGUGGGGUUGGAAUUCAUGAGACAAACUAACAUCAUUCCCAUACCCUACGCAGAUGUACUUCUGAUGAUGAGAGCAAACGGGGCCAAACCCUGCAUUGUCCCAUGCACAACCAUAAAGAUGGCCUCAGGAAAUAUCUCUGAAUUGCAGCUGAAGAAGGGGGUCCAUCGACAAGAACCCACGUUCCUAGCUACCCUUUGCAUUGAAGAGAUUGAGCGUUCUUCGAGCCCAAUUCCAAUGCCUGUGAAAGAGCUCAUGAAGGAGUUUGAGGAUGUCAUGCCGCAAGAUAUGCCGAAGCGACUCCCGCCUAGGCGGACGGUCGAUCAUGAAAUUGAAUUGGUACCGGGUGCGAAGCCACCUGCCCGAGCAUCCUACAGAAUGUCACAACCCGAGCUCACCGAGCUUCGGAGAUAG